AUGCUCAAGAUCUUCCAGGAUUGGGUUCGUCAAUGCAAAUAACACGGGACAUCCUAAAAUUAGUAAACGCACUUUUCGUUUGAACAACGAAUUUAUACAGGGGACGAACCUACUAUUAGUGGUUGUGCACAUAAAUUCAUCCUUGUCGUCUAAGAGUUCCUUUCCUAACUCAUUAAUCUUAGAUCAUACAUAAAAUUCCGACUCGGAAUCAGUCAUUUUAGGGUAUUUUCGCGGGUUUAGUUACAUAAGUUACUUUUGUAUUCGAUGGCUACUCGUUUGAGAGGUAUGCAUUAAAGCCCCUGCGAACACGCGGACAUCUCGGGUGAACCGUUCAACUGAAUCUCACCUCUUACACAUAGCUCAGAAAUAUCAAUAGUUAUUUUAUUUAAAGCAACCCGCCAAAUUGCCAGAUAAACCCAAGAGUGAUUGGCUUUUUCGACUCUGUUUGCAAUUUACCCCACCGAUGUUAUGAAUAGUACAAACACUCCUCUUUUGACUCGUUGUUUUAUUUAGGCAGCCACCAGUUAAGUCCCGUGGAAACAUACAAUUUUGGACACAUAAGACCCAAAACCAUGACUAAAAGCACCCACAUACCACUGACAUCCUUGUUCGUCGUUGUGCACGGAUUAAGCUACAAGAAACAAAUUAAGCAAUUAUGCAUCAUUAAAGCAUGAUACUGACCUUAUAGUAGGAUCGAACAUGGGGCUGGCAUGAGGGGAAGAACACAUGUGGCAUUAUGGAAAUCGCAAAGAAAUGAAUGAGAAAAAAUCGAGGAAUCAGUUAAAUACAAAAAAUGGAAGACAUAAUCAGAAGAGGAAGAACAUAAUAAAGUUAAGGGAGAAAAGGCACUAGUCCAAAAUAUAACCGUACGAUAAAUGAAGCUUCCCAUGUCUAUGCGAAGAAAGAAUUUCGUAAAAGUUGUCACUAGCUUAAAGCAAUUUGGUUGAAAUAUUGUUUCGCCUAUAUGGUGGCCAAGCGCAUUCAAACGGCCAUGUCAUGAAUUGGAUUUGACGGAGAAAUAAAUGCAGCUAAAUGACAGACGAAAUAGUAAAGCAAAAUGCGUCCCCUAGGCAUUUUAAAUCACACCGUAGCCAUGCACAUUCAAUUUGAUCACUGACACACUUACACUGUAAUAGGCGACUUUGGGUAUUUCACAGAUACACAACAAGCUGUCUAGGGACAACGGGUUGCAACACCAUAAAACAAGGCACCGAGAGUCCGACAUGAAGUAAGAAAAUGUAAAUAAAAAAUGCAAUAAGGGCUGAAGAAGUUAAAAAAAUUAAUGACAAAAAAGAAGAGUGAUGCAAAGAAGAAAGUGCGAAAAGGGAAAAGAGAAGGCGCAAACAAACAAAAAUAAUAACAAGAAAACAAGAGCACACAACGAAAAACAAGAGGAAAAAGGCCAUAAAGUAAAAAGGGCGAAAAAGAAAAAUAAUAUUUAAAACUUGCUACUAGGCUAAGUAAAGGGAGCAAUUGUGGCAUAUACUCCACGAGGAGUGAGUAAGCUGAAAGUAGGGAGGAGGAGGGGGGGGAGAACUUACCUUCGUUGCCGCAUUUCUCCUCACAAGUUGAUAGGUCCGCACAAGCGGUAUCCUCGUCAGUGCAGGGUACACAGAUCUGGGAAUCUUCAUCGCAUUUGAAGUCGCCUGUUUCUGGCUUGGGAGCUGGUGAUUUAGGAGUGGUUUCAAAUGGAGGAGAUGAUGAGGGUUGAGUGGACAAAGGCAAAGAAUUCCUGAAUGAAGUAUGUCACGUGAAAUCAAGUCUAGCGGCCGCCACCGUCGCCGCGGCAUCGGACGGCCUGCUGGGAGAUAAGCUUACAUUGGCCUGACCAUUGCCGAUUUCUGCACAGACAUCUUCAUGCAGACUACAGUCAGCAGCCUAUUUGCUGGCACAGGCUAUGUAUGUAUGCAUUGCUUUUCGACGCGAGAAAACAUGCUUACUUCAGCCCCUGUAGGCGCCGCAUCAGCUAGAAAGGCAAGCCUGCUGGCUGUCAUUCCUAAAAGCCUUAACACAGAUACUUUACCUGCGAUGCAUUCAUUGUGCGCUGGCACAAAAUUUACUGCUUUCUCAUCAGCACCACUUGCAUCUCAGUCUCGCUGAGAGCUAGAUUCGAGAAAUACACAUCUACUCACCGCACUUCAUUCCUGAGGAUGAUGAUGAUGAUAAUAAUGGAAAUGAUGAUGAUAUUAUUGCUGAUGAUGAUGAUGAUGAUGAUGAUGAGGUGGAGGAGGAGGAGGAGGAGGAGGAGGAGGAGUGGGAGAACUUACCUUCAUUUCCGCAGGACUCCUGGCAAGUGGAUAAGUCCUCACAUUCGCCAUCCUCGUCUGUGCAGGCUACACAGGUCUGGGAAUCUUCGUCGCAUUUGAAGCCGCCUGUUUCUGGCUCGGGCCCUGGUAAUGUAGGAGUGGUUGCAAAUGAAGGAGAUGAUGAGGUUUGA